AUGGGAGACAUGGGCAGCGGCUGUGAAGAUAGAAACUGUGGCCUUGCAUCGGGCUUCCCGGAGGACUGCUCCAACCAUGAGUGCCAGUGGGAGGAACCUGUGUUUGGAUUAAUUGAGUUAGUGUGCGUGACUGUGAUUUACAUCCCGCUGAUGCUCUUCGGCCUUCUCGGAAAUAUACUAACAAUUCUUGUGGUCUGGCUCCGUCCUCACAUGAGAAGCUCUACCUACCUCUACCUGAGCAGCAUGGCUGUCAGUGAUCUGUUGAUACUCCUGCUGCUGCCUCUGGAUCUAUACAAGCUCUGGAGGCCCAGACCCUGGCUCUUAGGAGACCUUGCUUGUAAGCUGACCAUGUUCCUCUCAGAGUGCUGCACCUUCUGUACCAUCCUCCACAUCACCUUCCUCUCCCUGGAGAGGUACAUGGCGGUCUGCUGGCCAAUCACAGCCAAGACCCUGGUGACACGGCGCAGAACCAGGGCUCUUAUUGGUUGCCUCUGGCUGGGUGCGGCUGUCAGUGCAGCACCAGUGUUGGUCAUGGUUGGAGUGGAGGAAGUUGGGGGAGAAGAACAAGGGCUCAGUGGAUGGACGGAGGAUGGAGGGUGGACAGGAAGGAACGGAGAAGAGGUAGCAUUUAUGAUGGGUGGAGGGGAGAGAGGAAGUGGACACGUGACCUCGAUGGAUGGAGAAUGGGAGGGAAGAAAUUGGGAAGAGAAAGAGACAAAGGGAUGGGGUGAAAGAGUUGGGGAGUUAAAAUGGUUUGGGGAGAAAGGGGACAGAAAACUGGGAAUAGGGGAAACAGAUGAGAGGAAACAAGAUGGAGGAGAAAUGAAAGAUGAAAAACAAGUGGAUGAGGGCGGAGAGGAAGGAAAGAUGGAAGUUGAUGGAGCGCAGCAAAAUAAAAUGAAAGAAGAUGAAGGAGGAGGAAGGGAAGAGGGAAUUGAUGGAGGUCAUGAAGGAGAGCUUGACAAGAGAGAGUGCCGCUGCACGCACUACGCCGUCUCCUCUGGCCUGUUGUCGGCCAUGAUGAUUCUCUCCAACUUGUACUUCCUGAUACCACUCUGCAUCCUGGGACUGGUCUACAGCCUGAUUGGACGGACACUGUGGCUCCGUCCACAAAGCAGCCGCAAAGACCAGAGUCACCGGCACACUGUCAAAAUGCUCGGUGUGAUCGUCUUGGCGUUUGUCCUGUGCUGGCUGCCCUUCCAUGUUGGUCGGACCAUAUUCUCUCUUUCUCUGGGCACCGCUACCGAGAGACAGGAAAUGUACACUCAGUAUUUCAACCUGGUGUCCUCAGUCCUCUUCUACCUCAGUGCUGCUGUCAAUCCUUUACUGUACAACCUGAUGUCUGCCAGAUACAGACACGCCGUGCACAGCCUCAUACACACACACUCUCCCACACAAUCUCACAGGCUGCGCACAACGCUCACGGCACGAUACUCCACGACCACUAUGUAA